UCCGCUUCUCACCGCUGCCCUAGCAUGUCGCAGACGAUUUCUUGGCACCCCCAGCAGCCAGGCGGAGACAGCAGGCUGCCAGUCCUCAGGAGAUCCGCGGUGGCCGGCCCCAGUAUGCGGCCGAGUUCCCGCACGGCGCUGGUGGACAUCGGCAACCGCGUCACCGAGCCAAAGGCACAGGGGGCCACCAGAAAUGCGGCGAUCGGUGGAGGCGGCGGGGGGGAGCCGGACGGCAGACCCUUGCCCUCUAGUCCCAAGGCGAACCACGUUACCAGGAGGAAGAGGAGAGCCGCUCCCAAGAAGGGGGCGCCGCCAACAGCGCCGGAGCCGAAGCCAGAACCCCACUCGCAACAGCUGGAGUCUCAUUCCCAAAUCCCCACGGAAAUACCUGUAUGUGUACCAUCAGAUGAUGUGAUGUGUCAGGCUUGUUCUCAUGACUUGCUUCAUGUGGAAAAUGUAGUUGAUGAAGAUGAUAACGACCCAGAGUACUUCCACGACUAUGCAAAGGACAUCUACCAGUAUCUGAGAGAGCUUGAGGAAAAUUGGACUAUCAGACCCAAAUACUUGGCUGGGCAAGAAAUCAAUGGGAAAAUGCGUGCUGUACUAAUAGACUGGCUUGUGCAAGUACAGAUAAGCUUCAAACUCCUUCAGGAUACCUUGUACUUGUCAGUUGCCAUCAUAGAUUGCUUCCUGCAGGACAAUACUGUUUCUAAGAAGAUGCUGCAGCUGGUUGGUGUCACAGCUAUGUUCAUUGCCAGCAAAUAUGAAGAACGGCAUCCCUUGCAUGCUGCAGACCUUGCCUAUGUAACCGAUAACACUUAUACAACCAGACAAAUCAUCCAGAUGGAGCUUCAGAUCCUGCAAGCCCUGAAUUUUCAUCUGACUCGUCCCCUAGCUUCACAAUUCCUAAAUAUGGCUUUAGAAGUUGCAAAGGUAAACACAAGACAGCGUGUUCUGGCCGAAUACCUGAUGGAGUCGACCAUUCUGGACUAUGAUAUGGUUCACUUCCCUCCAUCCAAGACUGCAGCAGCUGCUUCCUGUUUGUCUCUGAAACUUCUCAAGGGAUGUGAGUGGAGAGAAACUCUACAGUGCUACACAUCUUACACUGAGAGUGACCUCCUCCCAGUUAUGCAGCACAUAGCAAAGAAUGUAGUUCUUGCGAAUAAGGCUACCACCAAGGAGAAGGCAAUCAAGAAAAAAUAUGCUAGCUCUAAAACCAUCAAGAUAAGCACCAUCGAACAGCUGAACUCACCUGUCAUCUGGAAUCUAGCCGAGUCUGUCACUAACUAAAAAGCUUUAACUCCCACACAAAGUCAGUGCCAACAUUGUUUUUAUAAACCCUUAUUAUGUAUUUUGCUUAUACUUUGGGAUGUUUAAUAAAGUAUUUCAUUUUAUUC